AUGGAUAUAAGUGUUGAUCUAUAUUACAAUGACGAAAAUAUUGGGGGCAAAAUUGAUGUGCUAAGUAUACGGAAAAGCUUUCGUGAUCGUUCAAAUCCAUUGGAGCUUCCAAAUGCAAAGUCUAUUCGGUAUGUGGAUGCUAGGCAUGCAGGCGCAAAUCAUGACUCUUUUGUUUUCAAUGCUAGCGACACUUGGAUUUUGGGCGACGCUGGCUAUCCUCUGCACAUAUUUUUAAUGCCGCCUUAUCGCUUGGCGGAAGCUUCUUCACCCCAAUACAGUACACUCAAAGGCCCGGAAUAUUGUAGAGCGGACAAUUGGUGUACUCAAGAGUAGAUUUCGAUGUCUUUUAUCUGUACGAGGUUUACAUUACACUCCUGA